UGAAUGGUAAUAAAUAAUUGUAAAUUUAGAUUUUGAAAGGAGUCGUUUAAAGAGACGAAACGAAAUGACGUCAUGCGAAUCUUAUUCUAUACCUUUAUGACGUAAUACUGCACUUGUGUACUAAAAAUGUCCACGUGUUAUUUACAAGAACUAUGAAGCUGGAUGUUUUGAAGAUAAACACCUAUUUAAGGAGAAGAUUGAUUGAUCCUAUUAGGAAAGAGGAAAACAUGGAAUCCUCCUAUGUUCCUCUUCCUUCUCCUUUCCUUUAUUUGAUAAUCAAUAUAUAGUUUCAAUAUUUUGUUUGCAUGGAGAGGCAUCUGGGUUGGAAUUUAUUAUUUUGAAAAUGAUGUUAGGUCGUAAGCAGAGUAUGAGAGGGGAGGUGACCUUGGCUGAUUAUGGACCAGAUGAAACAUUGAAUGAAAAUACUGAUAUAGAAUGGGUGAAUAUGAUAUGGGUAAGGCGUUUACUUCGUCUCUGUGCCUUGGUUAGCCUGGUAUCUGUUAGUUUGAAUACCACAAAGACCUUUGAGAAGUAUCAGUCGUUAAUUUAUAUCACAUUUUGUUGUGAUUUGUUUGUUACUUUUUUGUUUUCUGCGGAAAUGAUUGCCAAAAUGCAUAUUAGAGGUGUGAUCACUGGUGAAGUCCCAUAUUUAAAAGAUAGAUGGUGUCAGUUUGAUGCAACUAUGGUGUUUUUUCUUUGGAUAUCUGUAAUUCUUCAAGUAUUUGAAAUUACCCACGUAGUGCCAAAGUUCUCUUAUUUGUCCAUCUUGCGAGCUCCUCGACCUUUGAUCAUGAUUCGUUUCAUAAGAGUAUUUUUAAAAUUUUCUAUGCCAAAAUCAAGAAUUAAUCAAAUAUUUAAAAAAUCUUUCAAACAGCCGUAUAACAUUAAUUUAUAUUUUUUAUUUUUCAUAAUGCUUACAUUUAUAUUAGGAAUGAGAAUCAUCUCCGAAGUUUGUCACCUAUUUCAGAACACCCAAUCUAAUAAUAAAACUUCCCUUGAUUCAUUGGCAAUACCAGAUACUUACUGUUCAAUGACCUCAAACACUGGAUAUAAAUGUCCAAAUGGAAUGGUUUGCAUGGAAAUUGAUCUUCCCAAAAAUAUAUCUGGAUUCAAUGGUUUUGAUGAUUUUGCACAUAGUUUUUUCACUGUUUAUCAAGCUGCAUCACAAGAAGGUUGGGCAUUAUUAAUGUAUAAAGCAAUGGAUAGUUUACCAGCAUGGAGAGCAACCUUUUAUUUUACAACCAUGAUAUUUUUCCUGGCAUGGCUUGUCAAGAAUGUUUUCAUAGCCGUAAUUACUGAAACAUUUAAUGAAAUUAGAGUACAGUUUCAACAAAUGUGGGGGGAAAGAGGUAGAAUUACAACUGAAACAACACCUCAGAUUUUAAGAGGAGAUGAUACAGGCUGGAGAUUAGUUACAAUUGAUGAGAAUAAGGGAAGAGGUAAAGCACCACAUUGUUUUCAAAUAUUUCUUCAGUCUGCUCUCUUUCAAGUUAUUGUUAUGGUAGUUAACGUUGCAAAUGCCAUUGUGGCUGCAAGUAUUUCAUUUGAACACGAUGGACGUCCAAGACGACAAUUUUAUGAGAAGUAUUAUCUAGCUGAAGUUGGUUUUACCAUUUUCUUUGAUUUGGAAGUUUUAUUUAAAAUAUGGUGUCUUGGUUUGCAUGGCUAUUAUCAAAGAUCAUUACACAAGUUUGAAUUAUUAUUAGCAAUUGGUACAACUUUACAUGCAAUACCAUCUCUUUACAUGUCUGAAUUAGCUUAUUUUCAGGUAUUGAGAAUUGUACGUUUAAUUAAAGCUUCUCCUGUAUUAGAAGAUUUUGUAUAUAAGAUUUUUGGACCUGGAAAGAAAUUAGGAAGUCUUAUAAUAUUCACCAUGUGUCUAUUAAUUAUUACUUCAAGUAUAAGUAUGCAACUUUUUUGUUCUUUGGCUGAUUUUAAUAAAUUUGAAGCAUUUCCUGAGGCUUUUAUGUCAAUGUUUCAAAUAUUGACUCAAGAAGGAUGGGGUGAAGUAAUGAAUGAAACAAUGCUUCGUACAAGUAAAACAAUUGGUCCUUUAGUUGCAAUAUAUUUUAUUUUAUAUCAUCUUUUUGUAACAUUGAUUGUGCUCAGUUUAUUUGUAGCUGUAAUCUUAGAUAAUUUAGAACUUGAUGAAGAUAUUAAAAAAGUUAAACAAUUAAAAGCAAAAGAACAAAGUGCUGGAAUUAAAGAAGGCCUUCCAAAAAGGUUGUUGCUUUUUGAACGUUUUCCUGACAGUCCACAGAUGAGUAGAUUAAAUAAAACUCCAUCUGAAUUUAGUGUUCCAAAGGUAAGAGAAAGUUUUAUGAAGAUGUUUGUAGAAGAACAACCUGAAGAACUGCCAACAAUGAAAAAAGGCGAAGAGGGAGAAACGCUCGUGACAUACCGUAAACAACGUCCUUUACAUCUGCUAUCUUCUCCUAGUAAAAUACGUAAUGUUGGAUGUCAUCUAAAACGUUCAAAUAUAAACAAUAUAUUGGUUGAUUCAAAUAACCAGCGACUUUUAGUAGGAGAUUCUGGACAAAUUCCUAUUCUGGGUAAAGGACAAAAGCAGAUUCCAGGCCAAAAACCAGUUAGACUAGACAGAAGAAGUAUGAGAAGAUCUGUUCGUGCUGGAUCUAUAAAGAUUAAACAGUCUUAUGAUCAUCUUCAUGAAAAUGGAGAGGGUAGUACUACUAGUGCCACUCGCAAUCCACAUGAUUUUGACAUUAAGCUGUUGCAACAGAAACGUCAACAAGCAGAAAUGAAAAGAAACCAAAGAGAAGAAGAUCUGAGAGAAAAUCAUCCAUUUUUUGACAAUCCUCUUUUUGUCGUUGGACGAGAAAGUAAAUUUCGUAAAUUGUGUCAAUCAAUAGUAUAUGCAAGAUAUAAUCCUUGUGUCAGAGAUCCUAUUACGGGGAAAGAAAAAAAAAUAAAAUAUAAAGGCUUACAUAAUCUCCUUGGAUUAGUUACCUACUUGGACUGGGUGAUGAUUCUUAUAACUACAUUAUCAUGUAUAUCUAUGAUGUUUGAAACACCAUGCCGACGGGUUAUGAACACAUCUCUCUUACAGAUAUCGGAAUAUAUAUUUGUUGUUUCAAUGAGUAUAGAAUUGACAUUGAAAAUAUUAGCAGAUGGUCUGUUUUUUACACCUAAAGCUUUAGUGAAAGAUGUGGCAGGAAUCAUGGAUUUUUUCAUAUAUACUGUUAAUUUGGUCUUUCUGUGUUGGAUGCCACAGAAAGUACCGCCUCAGUCUGGUGCUCAAGUCUUAAUGAUUUUAAGAUGUGUUCGUCCUUUGCGUAUAUUCAUUUUGGUUCCACACAUGCGUAAAGUUGUAUCCGAACUAUGUCGUGGAUUUAAAGAGAUUUUACUGGUAUCAGUUCUUCUUAUUGUUCUUAUGUUUGUGUUUGCUUGUUACGGAGUACACUUAUUUGGUGGACGUUUAGCGAGAUGCAACGAUCCUGCUGUCACUGAAAGAGCUGAUUGUGUGGGGGUAUUCAUGAGGGAAAUAUUUAUCACAAAAAUGAAACUUCAACCAGGAGAAAAUGAAUCUUAUCCUGCAAUGCUCGUUCCUAGAGUUUGGGCCAAUCCUCGCAGAUUCAACUUUGACAAUGUAGGCAAUGCUAUGCUGGCUCUUUUCGAAGUUUUAUCCUUCAAAGGAUGGUUGGAUAUUCGUGAUGUAUUACUUCAGAGAUUAGGUCCUGUCCAUGCCAUUUAUAUACAUAUUUUUGUGUUUCUUGGUUGUAUGAUUGGACUCACUUUAUUUGUUGGUGUAGUCAUUGCUAAUUACAGUGAAAAUAAGGGAACAGCUUUACUUACCGUCGACCAAAGAAGAUGGUGUGAUUUAAAGAAGAGACUUAAAAUAGCUCAGCCACUCCAUUUACCACCCCGACCCGACAGUCACAAAAUCAGAGCUUUUAUAUAUGAUAUAACCCAGAAACUUUUCUUUAAGCGUUUUAUCGCUUUAUUAGUAUUGGCAAACAGCAGUCUUCUAUGCGUUAGCUGGAGAUCAGAUGAAAACUAUACGAUGCCUUUAGCCACUGUAUCUGCUUCCUUCACAGUACUUUUCACCAUUGAAGUAGUGAUGAAAACCAUUGCUUUUACACCUCGUGGUUAUUGGCAAAGCAGAAGGAACCGCUACGACCUGUUUGUCACAUUCAUUGGUGUAAUUUGGGUGGUGAUGCACUUCAUGUUAAGGAAUGAUUUAAGUCAUUCAUUUGGAUUUGCAGUUGUGAUAUUCAGGUUCUUCACGAUUACAGGAAAACAUGCUACAUUGAAGAUGUUGAUGCUGACUGUGGUUGUAUCAGUUUAUAAAAGUUUCUUUAUCAUAAUGGGAAUGUUCCUAUUAAUCCUGUUUUAUGCUCUGACUGGAGUCAUUCUAUUUGGAACUGUCAAAUUUGGAGAAAACAUAGGGAGACAUGCAAAUUUUCAGACUGUUCCUAGUGGCAUAGCUAUGCUUUUUCGAAUUGUAACAGGAGAAGAUUGGAAUAAAAUUAUGCACGACUGUAUGUUAAGUCCACCAUAUUGUACUCCCGGAGAAAACUAUUGGGAAACUGAUUGUGGAAACUUCACUGGAAGCUUGAUAUAUUUCUGUUCAUUUUAUGUUAUCAUAACAUAUAUAGUAUUAAAUUUACUUGUAGCUAUCAUUAUGGAGAAUUUCUCGUUAUUUUAUUCUAAUGAAGAAGAUGCUUUGUUGAGUUAUGCAGAUAUCAGAAAUUUUCAGAGUACUUGGAAUAUGGUAGACAUCCAGCAAAGAGGUUUAAUACCUGUGAGAAGAGUUAAAUUUUUACUAAGAUUGCUAAAGGGGAGAUUAGAAGUCGAACCUGAUAGAGAUCGCUUACUUUUUAAACAUAUGUGUUAUGAAAUGGAACAUUUACACAAUGGAGAAGAUGUGACAUUUCAUGAUGUUUUGAAUAUGUUAUCUUAUCGAUCUGUCGAUAUACGCAAAGCGUUACAACUAGAAGAACUUUUGGCCAGAGAAGAAUUAGAAUAUCUGAUUGAGGAAGAAGUAGCAAAACAGACUAUUCGUCAGUGGUUGGAUAAAUGCUUACAUCGUAUAAAAGCGUUGAAAGAACAAACCAGUUUAAUAAAUAGUUUAAGAGCAACAACUGAAGCACUAUUAGGUGGUACAGAAAUGGCAGUUAAGCCUGUCCCAGCUGAACCAAAAGAAGAAGGUAAGGAAGAUCAGCAGGGAUCAUCUAUACGUCAUCGUAAGAAAGGAAUAUUGCCUGGAAGAUCUGACAGUAUUUCUUCUCAAGGAGGCAGAAAAUUUUUAGUACCAUCAUUGUCAGACAGUGCUUCUCGAGCAGAAAAGGAUAGGUUUUCUGUAAAAAAAUGGAAUGCAAGACAAGCAGAUUCAUUUUUAGGUUCAAAGGGUCUUCCCGACCUAAGUGAGGGCAGUGAGUUAUCUUCAACCACUCCAGAAGAAGAAGACGGCUUUAAUCACCUUCCCAUGCCAAAAAUGGCAUCUGUUGUUGGAGAAGUCCAUACUUGGUGGGACAGCCAGUUAGGUUACUACAGCGGAUCAGAUAAUGAGAUGUGACACCUCAUUGUCCAGUCUGUUUAUUAAAGUUGUUUCGAAUAUUGGUUUUAAAAUAAUUUAAAUGUGACAUGACCACUCGUGGUCUUGAAUUCGUUUCAAAUCUGUCGUAAUGCUAAUGCGAUAAAUUUAUAUGAGACUUCCCAAAGAGCCAAAAAAAUCAGAAUUCCGAAAGCUUCUAAUUUAAUGAAUAUAAUAUUCUUGGCAAAUCAUGGUGUGCAUUCUUUCAUUUAUAAAUUAAAAUUGACGGUUGUACAUGUUGCAGAAACAAUGGAAUUUUAAUAUUUGUUGCCAUACAAAAGCAAAUCAAAUUGUUAUUUUGUGUAAAAUAAAAUUGUUGAAAGAGACUGAAAAAAAUUAUAUAUAUAUAUAUGUAAAAGUUAU